AUGGGUCGUGACGACGACAGUUCAAGCAGAAGCGACAGUAGAAGUAGAAGUGAUUCAGACGAAGAUGGACAUAGUCAUGGUAGACGUCACGAACGCAGCCGUAGCAGAAGCCACACACGUCACAGAGACCGGCGAAGUCGGAGUGACUCAAGUGACCGAGAAUCUGAUGCCUUAAAACAAUACUGGAACGUAGUAAAGGAGGAUUCACGAAACUUUGAUGGUUGGACUCAGCUGCUACAAUACGUUGAACAUUUGGAUGAUACAAAGGCAGCCAGGAAAGCAUAUGAUGCAUUUUUCAAACGAUAUCCUUAUUGUUACGGGUACUGGAGAAAGUAUGCUGAGUUCGAAAGAAGGCAUAAACAUUACGAAAGGGCUAUUGAAGUCUAUGAGAAAGGAGUCGCUGCUGUCGGUUUAAGCGUUGAUUUGUGGCUUCACUACUUAUUUUAUAUUCAAGAAAUUGUGCAGCAUCAAGAUAACGCUGCUGAAAAGCUGAGAGCAAUUUACGAAAGAGCUUUGAAAGCUUGCGGAUUAGACUUCCGCUCAGAUAAACUUUGGAAAGAAUAUAUUAAUUUCGAGCAGAAAAAUGGAGAAUUAUUACGUGUUAGCGAAUUGUAUGAUCUCCUCCUGUCCACACCAACACUCUUAUAUAACAGCCAUUUUGAAAAGUAUCAAAUUUUUGUCAACAGUUAUGAACCAGACAAGAUCAUCAAGGAAGAAGAAUAUAAUGAGAUUUUUGCACGGGUUGAAGCAAAUCUGAAGAAAACUAUGGAUGGGGAGUUAUAUUUAAUUGAAGAGUAUGAAGACGACACUCCACCAGAUAUUAUACCCGAGAAUGGUGAAGAACCACCAAAAAAAAUACUGAGAAGGCGAAAGCAUUGUGAAGAGGCUCUUCGUGCCUUGCGCCAUGAGAUCGUGGAAAAAAGACGCAAGAAAUAUACACAAAAUGAACAGGAGAUCAGCUUACGUUGGGUUUUUGAAGAAAAUAUAAAACGUCCUUACUUCCACGUCAAACCACUAGAGCGUGCACAGCUUCGAAAUUGGCACGCUUAUUUGGAUUUCGAAGUUUCUCGUGGUAACGUGGAGCGGUGCACAACUUUGUUUGAAAGAUGUUUGGUAGCUUGUGCGUUGUACGAAGAGAUGUGGAUAAAGUAUGCGCGCUAUUUGGACAGUAUAAAUGAAGUGCAACAGGCAAGAAUGGUAUAUCGACGUGCUACAGAAACGCAUUUGCCUCGGAAUGCAAAUCUUCAUCUUGCAUAUAGCGCGUUUGAAGAAAAACAUGGUAAUCCAAAUGCACUACUUUUUGUGAUACUUGUGAUAUACGAGCCGGUGAUCCUUUCAUUUCGUUAUGUCGUUAAGUUUGAGAUGAAAUUUUUGCAAAUGACGCAAGCUGCAUCGGCAAGUGACUUUGAGAAGGCGGCUUCUAUACUUUCGGAAUUUGAUCGUCGCCACCCGGGCUAUGGAGUCAUCGCAUUGCGACGGAUUGGAGUAGAGCGGCGUCUGGCACAGUUUCAAGCUGGUGAAGGGUGCGGCAAAGCUUUCAGAAAAGUGCCUGAUUACUCACCGGUGAUAUCACGUUAUGAACGGCUUAUUCACGACCCUCACAACCCGACAAAACUUACUACUUUUUAUGCUCUGAAGUUAGCAAGGUUUCAUGCACGUGUGAGAAAUGACAGGAAAUUAGCGGAGAAAAUUUUGAAAGAUGCUAUUAAUAGAGACAAGGAGAAUCCAGAUCUGUAUCUUUCUCUCGUAGAUCUUGUCUACACAAUUUCACCUUUAAAUGAGGCAGAAGUUCUGUCAGCGUUCGACUUUGCCCUUUCCAGCGAACUUUCAGAGGAGAAUAAAUUACGCUUCUCGCAAAGAAAACUGGAUUUCUUGGAAGACCUUGGAAGUGAUGUCACAAAGCUUCAAGAGCACAUGGAGUUUCAUAUGAAGAUGCAAAAGGCAGUUGAAAGUGGGGGGUCGACUACGAAAAGAAGAGCAGAUUCGAGAAAUAAGGGAGAAAUUUUGGAGAAGAGACCACGUACUGACCCUUACGCCACCGUUGCUUAUUCGCAGUCUCAGCAGUUACAACAGUAUUAUAUACCCACGAACAACAACGUUUAUUCAACGCCUAAUCAGCAACAGCCAGCAUUAAGCGGCUAUUACUACAGCGGUCAGCAAGCAGCGGUUGCAUCUAUACCUCAGUCUGCUGCAGUUCCAGUAGCGCAGGGUAGUGUAAGUCAAGUGGCUCAGGGAAAUGUACCUCAAAUGUCACAAGGAUCUAUAAAUGCUGUAACGCAAGUGCAGCAUGCUGGCGUUCAGCAGGUACCUCAGGUUGGAAUGGCACAUAUGCAACAUAAUCGGUCUUUUUGA